AUGAAGAAAAGAAGGAAACUACGAGAAUCUAAGGAAAAGUGGUUUCAUUAUUCAGCUUCUUCUUCUACGGUUCAGGUUAAUUGUUACUCCCAGGAGGCACUCUACAAUUGUGAAAACGAUUUGGUCGAUAGAAUAAGUGAUUUACCAGAUGAGUUACUGCUUUACAUUCUCUCUUUUCUCCAAACCAAACUGGCUUUUACUACGUCCAUUCUUUCCAAGCGGUGGACCGCACUCUGCUAUUCACUCCCUGUUGUUGAGAGCUUCCGGAGUUUUGUCAAUAAUGUCAUCCUCUCUCCUCUUUCAACCAACAAACCCAUCAAAAAAAUUUCCCUCAAGUAUGACUUUAGAUACCACCCAGAAAAUAGUAGAUUUAACGUGACAAAUUGGCUCCAAGAGGCAAAAAAACCUCAUAUAGAGGAAAUUCAUCUCACUUUGCCUUUCCACACCUUAAAGCAUGUUAUUUUCGUCUCGCAAACUCUUGUUGUUCUCAAACUUCAAAGUUUAUAUGUUGGAAAGGAUACUUCAAGUGUUCAUCUUCCAUCACUCAAAACCCUAAAUCUGACAUCAGUUUCUUUUGAAAAUCGGGAUGAUUACAUAAAUUUUCUCAAUGCUUGUCCUAUCCUAGAAGAUUUGCAUGCUGAACUUAUCUAUUUUAUGAGACAUGAUGAAAACAAUGCAGCAGAAGAAGGGCUUAAACCCUUGACAUUGCCUAUGUUGGUUAGAGUGAGUAUAGGGAUAAUGGAUGGUCUGUUUAAUGGUAUUAAUAAUGUCAAGUUUCUACGCAUAGUCAUGGAAUGCACAGGAGCGUUCUCUUUGAAAGCCAUUCCACUCUUUCCAAACUUAAUUUCCAUCGAACUACUGUUUCCUAGUUAUUCAUAUAUUUGUUGGUAUGGUGUAGUAAAACUGCUCCGCCAUUGUCCCAAGCUUCAAAUUCUUUUCAUUAAAAAGUGGAGAUAUAGGUUUACCAGCUUAUACGGGGAAUUGGACUGCCCAUAUCCGGUUCUUGAUUGCGAUACAUCUAACCUCAGAUCAUGUACUAUUUUAAACUUUGACGGCUCGGAUAAUGAUCUUCGAUUUGCAAAAUAUAUUUUAAAGAAUGGGAGUCUUUUACAGGAGAUGAGAAUUGGUGUUACUACUGAAGGAAUGGUUUUGGGAAUAGAUGAAAUUAUAGAAGAAUUUUCCUCCUAUUCUAGGAUAACUCAAGGAUUUCUGUGCUUUCCAUUUAAUCCUGUUUGUUAUCAGAUUUGUUUGAUUGUGCAAAUUACUGGAAUAUGUUGGCAUUAUUAA